AUGCAGUUUUCCAAAUUAUCUCUUGUUGCAUUAGCUUCUACUGCCAUUGCUGCACCAGCUGCACAACCUGAAGUUACUGUUACUGCACAUGAUCAUAAUGCUGCUGUGGUCACUGUCCAAGGUAUUGUCUUUGUUGAAGGUAAAAAUACCCAUACUACUUACAUUACAUUGAAUGGGUUAGUAAAUUACGAUGGUAAUGUCCCAGUUCCAACUUCUACUCAAGCUCCAAUGCCAAAGGCUUCUCUAUAUAGCCAACUAAAGGUAUUUGCUUCUAAAGUCUCACAAGCCAAAGCCAGUAAGUCCAAAGCUUUAGUUGACGCUGCAGCUAAGGCUACAAAAACAGCAGUUAGUAACGAAGAGUACUUCGCACAACACCUCCCAUCAACUACUGUCACAUCAACUGCUCCGAUUGCUACUCUUCAUGGGGCCACUACUACCACUACAUCUACUACUCCAAUCACUACAUCUACUCAACAACAACCAACAACUACUACAGUGGAACCAACCACCUCCGCUACAGCUUCUGACGACAAUCUAUCCGAUUUUGCCUCCAGUGUAUUAAGUGCACAUAACGCAAAGAGAGCUCUACAUAAAGAUACCCCAGCAUUGAAAUGGUCCGACAACUUAGCUUCAUAUGCUCAAGCUUAUGCUGAUGCGUACGAUUGUUCUGGUAACUUACAACAUUCCGGUGGGCCAUACGGUGAAAAUUUAGCCUUAGGGUACUCUGCCACUGGUGCUGUUGACGCUUGGUACGGUGAAAUUUCAGAUUAUGAUUGGAGUAACCCAGGUGCUGGUUCUGCUGGCCAUUUCACUCAAGUUGUUUGGAAAUCUUCAACUGAAGUUGGUUGUGGUAUUAAGACUUGUGGUGGUGUUUGGGGUGAUUAUGUUAUCUGUUCCUAUGAUCCUGCUGGUAAUUAUGCUAAUCAAUAUGAAAACAAUGUUGAACCAUUAGCAUAA